AUGCUUUCUGACUUUGGCUUGUGCUUCAGAGCCCAUGUGGCACUCACUUUCGACGAGUCCGAGUUUGUCGCCGAGCCAACGACAGCGUUUUCGAAGUCGUGUGUUGGAAUGCACGAGUACUUAGCGCCCGAGUUGGUCUCCGGUUACGGUCACAAAGAGAGCACUUUGCGUAACAUAGCUUCGUCGAGUAAGGAAGUGAGGUUCUUCCACGUGGCGGAGAGAGAAAACGAGGAAGGGAUGGAAGAGGCGAGGGAUUUGAUAGAAAGACUGUUGGUGAAGGAUCCUAGAAGAAGGCUUGGGUGCACCAAAGGUGCCACUGAGAUUAAACGACACCCGUUUUUCAAUGGGAUUAAGUUGUCGUUGAUCAGAAACUAUAGGGCGCCACUGCCACAUCAGCGGGUGAUGAGGAAAGGAAAGUCACCGCAUGUGACGCACGUGAAGAGGCAAUCAACAACAACAACAACAACCGAGCUAUCCUCCAUCAAAGUCGUCGAUCAGAGCGCUUCCUUCGAUCCCAACCUCGAAUUCUCCAUGACUAAGCUGAGGGUGGCUACCAAAAACUUCUCCCCAAAGUUUAUCAUUGGCGGUGGCAACUUCGGAAUAGUCUACAAGGCCAAGCUCUCCAACGGCGUCACCGUGGCCAUCAAGAGACUCAACCCAGACGCUUUCAAAGGCUUUAAUGAGUUUUGGGCGGAGAUGGUGACACUGGGUAUGCUCCAUCACCCAAAUAUCGCUAAGAUUUUUGGCUAUUCCAUGAGCGGCUCCGAUAGGCUCCUCAUCUAUGUAUUUUUUCAGAAUGGCAGUUUGGACCGUUGGUUGCACUUGGAGCAGGAGCAGGACGUGGCUGCGUUGACAUUAUCUUGGGGUACCCGGAUUCAAAUUGUCAAGGGUGUGGCUAAUGGCCUCCUUUUUUUGCAUAGUUUGGACAAGCCCAUUGCUCAUCAGGAUAUUAAGUCCCGCAAUGUGUUCUUGGACUCCGAUUUUCAAGCCCAUAUUUGUGAUUUCGGCCAUGCAAAAAGGAUCGACACCUCCACUUCUUAUGCGUCCACUCAAUCUGUGGGGACAAUACGUUACAUGCCCCCUGAGUACAAGGCAGGCCUCACUACAGCUACACUUGAGGCUGAUGUUUUCAGUUUCGGAAUCUUAAUGUUUGAGAUUGCUACUGGAAAGUGUCCCAAUUUGCCUAUCCUUUUGGACGGGAAAGAGGUUGGGAUAGUUGAAUGGGCUAGGAAAAUGCUGGCCCAAAAUAAGCAUAUGAAAAUGGUGGAUGCUAAUAUUUCGUGGGAGGGUGGCCUAAUAGAGGCCCAUGUGAAAGAGUAUUUUGAAAUUGCAGGGAUGUGUACUAGUGAGACACAAAAGGAAAGGCCAACUAUGGCUAAGGUUUUUCAAUUGCUAAAUCCAAUUCAUAUGCAAAGAUUGAUUAGUAAAAUUGAGGAUUUUCAAUAG